AUCUAAUAUUAUAGGGACAGAUCAUUUCAAUAUUUAAAGUUAACUUGUGAAUAUCUAUCCGUAAAUUUGUCGUUCUUGAUUUCGUAUGCACAGGCUAGUGGCUACCAACUACAUUACCCACGGUGCGUUUCGUUAUUACCGGAAGUUUCUACGUGUUCGGUUUCGCUUGAAGCAUCUUAAACAGCUACAUGAAGAGGCAAGAAAAAGUUGCCGUCCUUUAAGAAAGGUCACAAACAAAAAGUUAUUUUUAGGUCCAUGUUGCCAACGACCAGCCAACACAGCAAUGGUUCCCUUGGUUCGAGGGAUGCUGCACGUCACACAGCAGGCGCCAAGCGCUACAAGUAUCUGCGAAGGCUGCUCCAUUUCAGGCAGAUGGACUUUGAAUUCGCCCUGUGGCAGAUGCUUUAUUUGUUCACGUCACCGCAGAGAGUCUAUCGCAACUUCCACUACAGGAAGCAGACGAAGGACCAGUGGGCCCGGGAUGACCCCGCUUUCCUGGUCCUGCUCAGUAUCUGGUUAUGCGUUUCCACAAUAGGCUUUGGUCUGGUGCUGGACAUGGGAGUUCUUGAGACAUUGAAGCUACUGCUGUGGGUGGUCUUUGUUGAUUGCAUAGGAGUGGGUCUCCUCAUAUCAACCCUCAUGUGGGUGAUAAGCAACAAAUAUUUGCUGAAACACCCAAGCCGCGAGUUUGAUGUCGAGUGGGGUUACGCGUUUGAUGUCCACCUCAAUGCUUUCUACCCGCUCCUUGUCAUUCUGCACUUCCUACAGCUGUUUUUCAUCAACCAUGUGAUCGUGAUUAAAUCGGACUGGUUCCUCGGCUACUUUGUGGGGAACACCUUGUGGCUGAUAGCCAUCGGUUAUUAUCUCUACAUCACCUUCCUGGGGUACAACGCUCUGCCAUUCCUGAAGAACACAGUUGUGCUGCUGUACCCCUUCGCCCCACUGGCGCUCCUCUACAUCCUCUCCAUCUCGCUGGGCUGGAACUUUACUCAAGGUCUCUGCUGGUUUUACAAGUACAGAGUCCAGUAGGAGCGGUGCGAUGGAAGAUGGACGUCGGGUUGGUUUGCACACAGCUUCAAAGUGACAACGUAUCACUUCACAGGACUGGUUCUGACUUUGGAAUGACUCCCAUUUGUUUUGUGUUUGACUCAAAACCUCUUUUUGCAUGUGGCGACAUUGCAGGAAAAGAGGAAAUGAGCUUUUAGUUCUUUUUGUAUAAUUUGUAAAUACAAUGAUGUGAGGUUGUAAUAUAUACACACAAAGAAAUGAGAAAACAUUUGUUGUGCUUUUGUUUUCUUGACGUGA